GCCUUUUCGGUGCGAUUCCUCAGACCACAGAACAACAGCAGCACACAAAGUCGACAGUUCGCUCAGACACACGCACACACAGACAAAUGACCAAGCGACAGCGAGUUUGCUCAGAAGACGGCAGCCAAAAGGCCGAGAGCAACCAGCACCACCCCCCAGCCCGCAGCCCCCCGCAGCGGGACCCCUCUGUGUGCGGCGCCCUUGAGCUCGACCUCCGACUCCAUUCCGCUGAUCUUGCGCCCCUGCAGGUCAAAGACCAGCCACCACUGGCUCUCCUCGCUGCUGCAGUCCUGCAGCUGCACCUUCUCCCCAGCAGCCUGCAGACACUUGUCGCCCUUGUCUGCUUUGAUCUGAAAGAAGCCGGUGCCGGCCUUGGCGCCGGUGGCUGUGGGGAUGUCGGCGACGUGCCAUAGGAAGGGGGAGGCGUGGUCCUCGUCUUUGCACUCCUUGACGUCCACGGCGUUGGUCUCGCUGAUCAGACAGCUGGCCUCGCGCCCCUGAUCGCUGACAAUCUUGUAUGUGCCCGCUGCGGGAUCCUCCUGAACACAAAGACAGACACGGCAGAAGCCGUCAUGGGUUGGUUGAUGUCUUGUGCUGUGGGGAUGACGUAUGUACCCACCUGCACGAAUCUCCAUCGUUGCUGUAGCUGGUCGGGGUCGCACUCGCGGAGUGCCUUGUUCUUAUCCCAUGAGUAGAGGCACUUCAUGGGCAGCCGUGACUGGAUGACGGCCUCGCUCUCGCCGUCGAACCUGCCGUUGACGGGGAAGUCCCCCGGGCAGUCGCACGUGCCGCCGCUCUCCACCUUCUUGAACUCGUCGCUCUCAGCUGCACAGCACUCCUUCUCAUCUGCAUACACCCCCCAGUAGCAGCGAGAGGUGCGCUCCUUGACGUUGACACACGACAUCAUGACGCCGUCGACCAGCGUGACGGAGGUGUAGAGGUAGGUGCGGAUGCCCCAGGCAGUGCAGCGCAGCCUGUGGUUGCCGUAGGUGCAGUCGGCACCCAGGUCACCGAUGUGCACCGUGUCGUCGUCUAUCUUGAGGCUGGCGCGGUGGUGCUCGUUCUUGGACUCGCCCUCGACGGUGCUGCAGAGUGAGGGGGCCGCCAAAAAGGACAACUGCAAUGACAGGACGGCCGCAGCAACCACAAGAGCUUUGUGGAAGAGCAUUAUGGUGGUGGGGCGUUGCUCAGGCAAGAAGGGGCAGCCGAGGUUGUUCUUCAGGCAAAGAGCCACGUCCCUUAAGGAAGGGAAUUGUCUGUGCAAAGGUGGGUACCGAAGAAGGAGCGGCC